UUUAAAAGUGUCUGUUAACACAGAUCAUAUUUUUUUACUUUUAUUUCAAUUUUAAUGAUAGUUCAUUGAUAAAUUUUAUAUUUAAUCACAACAUGGACCAGUCAUUGUCACCACUUCUUAAAUCACCACCCACACCGGGUAGUAGCAAGGAGAGUUCUCAGUCAGACCGCAAAGAAACGUCUAGUAAAUCUCCAAGAAAAACUCAAAACUCUGAAUCAGAUCAUGACACUGAAACAGAAACACCUGAAAAGGCCAAGGCAAAAUCACCAGCUAAAGCGAAAAGUUCACCAUCUGCAGACAAGAAGAGGAAGGCUGAGACAGAUGAAGAAAUCAUAGCAAAACAUGCCAAACAGGAGGAAGAACGGCUGAAAAUGCAAGUUCUGGUUUCCAAUUUUUCUGAAGAUCAGCUCAACCGAUACGAGAUGUACAGACGAGCAGCUUUUCCAAAGGCAUCGAUUAAGCGGUUUAUGCAGUCGAUCACUGGAAGUGCAAUAUCUCCGAAUGUUGUCAUCGCCAUGGCAGGAAUUUCAAAGGUGUUUGUUGGUGAAUUGGUGGAGGAAGCCCUUGAUGUACUGGAAUCAUGGGGGGACACUGGACCAAUCCAGCCAAAACACAUCCGGGAAGCUGUUCGGAUCCUACGAGAGCGAGGAACUGUACCUAACUCAAAGAAAAAGAAAGUCAUGUUCUCCUGAGAUACUUUGAUAAGGAGUGCACAAAAUACGAUAUCAUCUGGCACAGUGAACAAAUCUAGUAAAAGCCCACAAGCCAGGCACAGAAAAUGCUUCAUUUGCAGUGCUUGACAGGCCUGUUGUGAUUUUCAAACCCAAAAAGUAAAGGAAGAUUCAGACUUUCUGCCUUAAAUUCUAAUUUCAACAACUGGUGUACUGUCAUUGGAAAACAUUCCUGUGGGCUUCCAAGCCAGACAUUGCCAGGACAGCAAAUAUAGGCGUGUAUGCUCCUUGGCUGGGGUAUGGAUGUUUGUGGGAAAGAUUCAUUUUUGAAUGGAUAUUUGUCUUAUACUGAUAUGAUAACAGGUGGAUCUCUAUGACAUUAAUCAGUGUGUUACGGACUGAUGCCAUUCAGAACAUAUCUAGUCCUGUGGUAUAAUAUUUUUCAUCUCAUAAAUAGAAAUUUGGGACAGCUUGUUGACUUAAUGAUCGAGAUACCUUGAUAUAUUUUUUGACAUGUAAUGAUGUCAUGUAACUGUUCCUUAGGAACUUGUUUUUAUGAAAUACUACAUAUUUAUCACUUAUUUUAUAGAGAUCAAUUGCCAUAUCAGUGUUUGAAAGCAUUCCCCAAUUUCUUGACAAAUCUGAUUUAUUAGCAUAACAGGCUAAGUGUCUUAUUUCAUUCAACCAAAUUACUAACUUAAAAUUGACUUAACAAAAAAAAUUGUUUUUAGUGAAGACAACUCAUAAAAACAACAUCCUUUAAAAUUCACAGGGUCCAGUUUCAAUACAGGAUUAUAGUCUUUAAAAAUCUUAAAUCUGUAGAAACAUCAACGUUGGCAAGAUAUUAACUGAAAUCUUUUUCAAAUUAGAAACAACUCUCAACUUAAUGUUCGGCUGUUACAAAUGGAUACGAAUAUCACAAAAAUAAGACCCAAAGAUUAAACAGGCCCUAGAACUGCACCUUCUUGGUAGCACCCUUCUGCCCAAGUGGAAACCAGGCUGUGCACCCUUCUGCAUUCACAGAACUAUAUGAGCCGCAUCGCGCGAUUUUGGGCCUUCGGACAUAAUUGUUACAAAUGAAAUAAUCAUUAAUAAAAAAUGCCAAAAAUAAUGAUUUUUUCUAUGUAAAUCAAUUUCUUCCUGACUUCUUUCUAUUUAAGCUUUGUAAUUGGUGCAUCAUAUUCUCGAUAAUUUAUGACAAUUGGUUUACUCAUGUUUCCAUAGCAACCAUGGAUUUCGUCCCGACAUAUUUUGACUGGAUUGAUAGUCUGUGUUUAAAACGGCAAAAUGUAUUAAAACUACAAAAAUGA